GCUUUAUACAAAAACAGCACCAAACAUGGCCAAAUCACAAAAGCAGACUGAAAAGGCCUCUAAACAGACGCCAAAUGUAGCUUCUCAGGACCUGAGUGCACAAGUUCAGAAACUUGAAGCGUCUCUCAGUACGGAUGACUUCAACCCGAAUCCGCUGUUACCCCUCAUCGCACUCGCGCGCCACAACGAUCCACAAGUCGUCCACAAGGCGGUAUGGGCGCUUCACAGGGUAUUCAUCAAAUAUAUUGUGAAUGAAAAAGUAGCUGGAUUGGGCGGGGAUCUUGUCACUCCUGUGAAAAAGCCGGAGGUCGAAGGAGAUGUCGAUGUAAAGGGCUGGGUCCGGGAGAGAUUAUUGGAAUAUGUUGAAAUUUUGGGUGGGCUUAUAAGAGAUGCCGAACCUGCGUUAAGGUCUUCAUCUAUCCCACUCCUCUUCUCCCUCCUCCCUCCCCUCUCCGCCUCAGCCUCAUCCACUCCGAUCAUCCACAUCCCUUACUUCCGUCUUCUACUCCACUAUUUUAUCUUCCCUAGUCAAUCCUUGCGUGGUGCAAAGCCCAAGCAAAAGGGAUCUGGAUGGAAGAUUGUGGCGGCGAACCAAUGUGAGGAUGAGAAAGGUGUACUGCCGGAGGAUGUGGCCGGGAUUGUCAGUGGAGACUUCUGGGCGGCGUAUGAUGAUAUCAGAUGGGCAUUCUUUAAAGAGGCAGCGCAAUUGGCUCAAACACCACUCACCGCUCCGCAUUCUAAUAACCUUCUCGCCCUGACUCUUCCUCUCACAAACCUCCCCAAAAUUCCUGCCGACAUCAACACUUUCUACCUCCCUGCCUUCUCCUCUCCCCCCUCCGACCCUAACUCUACAACCACCAUGAAGAAGAGUCGAUCGGCACGAACCAAGAAGGGCAAGGCAGCAGCCGACGUCGACGCUUUGCCUGAGUGGAUGAAAGCGUACGAAUCUUCCGAUUCUGAAUCCGAUUCAGAGGUCCAGUCCGGCAAACGCAAGCGCACACGGACAUCCCAACUCUCUAUCCAUGCUUCCAUCUACUCUAUUCCCUCCCAGACAUCCGUCUACACCUCACUCUGGGAAUCCAUACUCUCUUCAGUCCCUCUUGACGAAGUGUGGACGAGAAAGAUUCUUGUGGGUCUCCAUGGAGAGCAGGGUAUAUUGGCGCAUUUUAAAAAGGAGAGGAGGUUGAGAAUUGCCGACUGGCUGGGUAGUUUGGUUGAUGGUGGUGGCGCAAUGGCGAUGUUGGCGAUGAACGGGUUGUUCGUCUUAAUGACGGAGUACAACUUCGAGUAUCCUAAUUUCUACACCCGACUAUAUUCUCUUCUCACUCCCGUUCUCCUGCACACCAAGUAUCGUGCUCGUUUCUUCCGUCUACUCACCAUUUUCCUCUCCUCAUCUCUCAUGCCUAGCACCAUCAUUGCCUCAUUCAUCAAACGUCUCUCUCUCCUCUGUCUCACAGCCCCCCCACAAGGUAUCGUCAUGGUCCUUCCAUUCAUAUACAACCUCUUCAAGAAGCAUCCCGGGUGCAUGGUCUUGCUCCAGCGUAAAUCUUCUGAAGAUUCUCUGCUUGCGGUAUCGUCAUUCACCCCUACGACGACGACAGUGAAUCCUAAGGAUGUUGACCCCUUCGACCCGGAGGAGAAGGAUCCGCUCAAGACGAAAGCGCUCGAAUCGAGUUUGUGGGAGAUUGCAGCGUUGCAACACCAUUACCUGUCUUCGGUCAGCACUCUUGCAAAGGUGUUUAGUGAGCCUUUCACAAAGGCUGAAUAUAACAUUGAAGAUUUCUUGGAUCACUCUUAUAACACUCUCUUUGAGACAGAAGCCAAUAGGCGAAUCAAGAAUGCCCCUGCGCUUAGCAUCGGCAUUGAGACUGCUGGUGGAAAGGAUAUUGCUGCGUUUCCCCCGGCUGGGAAUAAUGAAGGGGAAGAUGAGAAUGGGGAUGUGGUGGCUCAACUUUGGGCAUUCUAGACGUUAACACAGCAUCUCCCAGCUGCAUUGCACAUCGAGACUGAUUAGUUAAUGACCGUUAGUGAUGAUAUCGGAACAGUUGCAGAUAUGGAGUAUCCCUAUUCAUCUUAUCCUCACAUCGAUUCAUCCCUUAUCCUGCUAUA